CCUUGUUCUUGUCCAAUCCCUUCGUAGUCAUCGGUUCAUUGAGAUUCAAUUCUACGGUUCUUUGACUACCGAGAUGGUAUCACAUCCAUCCACAAGGGUGUAAUGGACCUGUGCUUUUUCCGUUUGAUGUUGUGCGUGUUCGGCGGAGUUGGAAUGGAUUAAGUUAGAGUGGGGUAUAAGAACGAACGAGUGUUCAACGAGGAGACCAUAGUGCACCAACAUGGCCUCCUAUCCAGCGGAAUUCUCACUUCAGUACCGCGAUACAAUGCUGAAUGUAACACUGCUUGAAUCUCUGCUCUAUGGGAUGUACACCACCGUUGUGGCUUUUACGAUCUGGAUAGUCGCGAUCCGUGAUAAAGGCAGAGAUCGUCUCGUUCAUGGCGGGCUGGUCAUCGUGAUGCACCUCAUCGCCACAUCCCAUCUCGCCGUUCGAUGGAAUUUUGUCCGAGGAGGCUUCAUCAAACAUGGCGAAACGGAGGAAACUGUAUACGGCUAUUUCUUCGAUGCGCCUAAGUGGAUGCUCCUGAGCACAGCGGCCUUCAUGGCAAAUACCCUUAUCGCGGACUGCAUCAUGAUUUGGCGGUGCUGGAUCAUCUGUGGUCGCAGAUGGAUGUUUGUCAUUGUCCCAAUGCUAUGUACUAUCGUUGGAACGAUCUUUGCAGGUUUCAGCAUCUAUCAACAGACUGCUAGUCCUCCUCCAGGAAGUGCAUGGAGUGCGGCCCAGAUCGAUUGGACGCUCCCCUACUUCUCCAUGUCGCUUGUCGUAACUCUGCUUUGCACUUUGAUCAUUAUAUAUCGCAUCAUAAUGAUCAAGCCAAGCAUCGAGAAGGGAACCCGCCGGCUCUGGAUCGAAGUCAUCGUCGAGUCCGCAUCAUUGUACGCUAUAGCACUGAUUAUUCUGCUUGCUUUUUAUACCACGGGCAAUGUGGAUGCGAACUAUCCCAUAGUUAUCGCGACUAUGAUUACUGGUUUAGCGCCUACCCUGAUCGUCGCACGGGUAUCGAGCGGCGCGACGAGGCCGGAAUCCUCUUGGUAUACGUCUCCGCAGUCUCUCUUGGCAUCUUACUUGUUAACGUUUGGCUUCACUUCUGGGAACGCAGGAGCAUCCCAGACUUCUUGCGAAAGUGAAGAUGAAAAGAAAGAUUUGACUGUAUAAGAAGGAAAAUGUGAAAGGAGUCCCAAAAAAUCCAU